ACGAUUGCAACGCAGCUACAGCCCCAGCCACUCAAGCACCGAAUCUUCCACCAUGUCUCCCACCAAGUGCACCAGUCGUUUCCGACGCAUCAUACGCGCCAGGCCUGCUGUCAGCGGCAGGGUCGAUCACGACAAUACCACUAUUACUCCAGACAUAGCCCCCAUCCCAUGCCGAGUCCCCUUGGAGAAGGACACCGUCAUAACGUCGGCUCAUGUGCGCGCCGUGCGCGGCGUCCUAUGCGCACUCGGGCUACCUAUGGAGCUCGUCCUGAUCACCAUGAUUCUUGCCGACUACUACGCCACCGUGCGCUCCAGACGAACGGGAUACAUUCGCAUCGACGCACACGAUGCCGGGGUGGACGUGCAUGCGGCACGACUUUACCUCAUUGCUACCCUUCCUCAAGAGAGUAGCGGCGACGAGCUCAUGAAGGUCGUAAACGUGACCUGGCUCGUGAAGGGGCAUGACCAAGGCUGGGGAGGGGAGGCACCAGGCAUGUACUCACCUGCGUACUCCUGGUACGAGGCGUGUAUAUUUCGUCGCGUCCACUCUGCAGAGGAUAAAUCGCAGAAAGACAUCAAUGUCGAGAGACUCUAUAGGGUCUAUCGAGAUGCGGAGAUGAUGGAGCGCAAAGUGCUGGCGCCAGCCGGUUGGUCCCUUGUUCGGAAUGGUGACAGUUGCGUUUGGCGAUUGCAAUCAAAUCGCGUCGCAAAGGGCGAAUUCGAACGGCAUACCUUUGUAUGGACUGCAGAUGGAGUGUCCGAGGGUGCCGAGGACCAUGGAGCUGGGGCGGGCGAGGGCUUUGUGAAGUCCUUACGCGCAGGC